CUGCACCAUGAGCACUACCUAAGCACUGCACCACUUCCACUCUGGCUGCUCUUUGUGUACCUAGUGACCACCUGUACACCACCACCUUCCUUUCUGAACCGCCCGCACUGGCCGCUUGCCCGACAAAGAAACGAGUCCGGCAAGUCGGGUACGCAAGAUGGGCACGCCUCUUCCAUCAACCGAACAAGCAAGAGGCGUUGAAAUCGAUUCAAACGAUCUUGUUUUUUUGGUCUUUCUGGGAAAUCCACCUAGCUCAGUAGCAAGCUUCAGUCGGAUUACAGAAGCGAUAGUCAACAAACCCACCUUCUCCGAGUUCCAUCCCAUUUUCGAACCCCGUUUCAGCCGCCGUUGCCCUUCUGCCCCCGAUCCGGGCCCAACCAGCCGAGCCAGCCCAGCCAAACAGCAGCUGAAGCUGAACUGGCACUGCAAAGUGAAGAGUAAAAGUGCGCAACUUCCAUGAGUUCGACACAUCAGGCCAAUCCACUGUUCCCGUGCGUCUGCCCCUCAGUCGCGACCACGCCCGAUGCGUCCCAUGUAUUGACGACCCGUUCAUAAUAAAUACCUUACUCUGAAGGACUCCCGCCCUUACCCACCAGCUGUCGCUAUGCGCGACACAAAUAUGCGGAACGGUAACCGACCACAAGUAUCCCAGGGUAGUCACGGUACUGGCGCUCUUACCGACAUGCCCAGCGGAAACUCGGCCGUCGCCGGGUCCAGCUGGCCGACCAUCAUCCCCAUGUCCACCAUAGCAGGCGAAGAGGAUGGGGUAAUAAACUACCAGGUGGAGAACCAUCAAGUAGUGAUCGGCCAACCACUUAAUCACUUCUCUGAGAGCGGUAGCGAGUACGAAGACGUCGAGGACGAGGAGCACCAACACGAAGACGGACAAGGCGAACAAGAAGUGGAAGAGCACGACGACGACAAUGACGGACAUGAAAGCUUAUUCUAUGGUCACCACUACCUGCAUACUGAUCAAAUGUUGAGCCACCAUCCGCAGCCCUCCUUCUACCUUGGCCUGGACGGUUAUCUCUCCGACGACGUCGACAUGUCCGACGAUGCGGGUGCUCCCUUGGUAGACUACUUACAAGUGGCCAACUUGCUCACUAACGACAUGGAUACCGAUGCCGACCAUGAGGAUAGCAUUAGCAUGACCUCCUCCCUAUCAGACGAAGAGCAGUUCUCACAGUACCCUCCUGCUCCUCCAGCACCUUUCACGCCCUUCACCCUGGACUUGGUCAACCAGAUGUUGGCAACAACUGGGCAAGGUUGGCUGCCUACGACGACCGCGUCACAGGUGAUAUCGGGCAUCAUCAACACGGUGCAUCCCCAAGUUCCGCCUACAACGUUGCUUGAUACCUUUCAUCACCCAGCUCACGGUCCCAAUCCUCAUAGCAUGACUAGUCUUGGUCCAAGCAACCACUGCCUCACCCAACUGUUGUAUGACUGGGCUCGCUCAGAUCAUCGAGGACAAGGAGUACAUCUACCUAGGGGCCCCUAUCCAUGGCCCAGCAGAAUUGCGGACCUCGCUGCCCAGAAGCUCUCACGGAUACGCUACACAGACCUUGCUGGGGAUCAAUGUGAUUUUCAAGGGGUGAACUGGGAAGAGCUAGGGGUAACUAGGCAGGAGGCACGGCAACAUAGACUCCUGACCUACAGGAACUACGUCAACGUGUCGGGGUCUGACAGGUGGGAUGAAAAUUGUCCCGAUGUUAGCUUACCUUGCACCGAUAGUUUCUUCAAGUUCCGGCGUAUGGAUUUCAAGUCCAACAUCAACUUGUCGCACUUUCAACUACGAAACAUAUUGGCCACCACCUCCCGUACUAAGAUCUUUUAUCCCGGCAGCGGCGCUAUACACCAGUUCAACCCAGUCUCGGGGAAGACUCGAGUAGUUAUGAAGCUCGGCGAUGCCCAGGGCUCACAUGUAUCUACUAUGGCCGCCGGUCACGGCGUCCUCAUUGCGGGUAGCUUCAAUGGAGAGUACACACUUCGCCAUAUGGACUCUGACGAGCCAGAGUCAUCAGCCUGCCACGAGGGUAUCAUCACCAGCAAUCAAAGUGGCAUUACAAAUCAUGCCCAAGUCUAUCAAGACCGGAAUUCCGACAGACCUCUGGCUGGCUUUGCAUCGAACGACGCCGUCUUCCGGGUCUUGGAUAUCACCACCGAGAAAUGGCUUUUUCACGAAGUUUACAACUUCCCGCUGAAUUGCACCGCGGUCUCUCCUGACCGUCGCUUGCGUGUCGCUGUUGGAGACCACAAGAACGUCUUCAUCACCACGACCGAAUCGACGCUGGGAGGUGGGAAACCCCAAAUCCUUCAAGAGCUCUCCGGUCAUCGUGACCACGGCUUCUCCUGCGCCUGGGCAGACGAUGGAUGGACAGUGGCCACAGGUUUUCAGGACAAAGCAAUCAUGAUAUGGGACGCCCGCCGUUGGACAGACAGCAACGGGUCCUCGACACCACUAUGCACCAUACGUGCUGAGAUGGCCGGGGUCCGGAACUUGCAAUUCUCGCCGAUCGGCAGCGGCAAGCGUGUCCUCGUCGCAGCCGAGGAAGCCGACUACAUCAACAUCAUCGAUGCACAGACCUUCCGUUCCAAGCAAACAGUCGACGUCUUUGCCGAGAUCGGCGGUGUCUCGUUCACAAACAGCGGGCAGGACCUCGCGGUGCUGUGCUACGAUCCCACACGAGGAGGCCUUCUACAGUUGGAGCGGUGCGGAAUGAGUCAGAUGAUGACAGGGGACUUCGACGAGCGAGGCUUGGAUGAUCGAUAUUAUAGGCGGCACAUGGGAGGAAGCGGUGACUCUGACUGGUUACAAUCUUCUUUCACCGAGGAGAAGCGCAUCAAGGAUAGCGUAGUUUGGAGAAGUCAAAGACGCGCGGCGUUAGCUGAUCUGGGACCUUUUUGAGCUUGAUGGAAACCCCUCCCGCAAUGGGCGACAAAAGGAUAUGCCUGGGGCAAUUCGUGGAGUGCUACUGUAUCUCUGGGAGGGCCUGACGAGAGACGAGGAAACAAAACCAACACCAUGGCUAACAUUAGGCUGUGUGUACUCUUUGAAAUGGGCCUGAAGGGUCGUUUCGCGCCAGCAAAAACAAAUCUCGUCACGCACGCCAACGGUAAAAAUACGUUCAUCCAACAAUAUGGAAGCCACCGCCUGGAGCGCAUCAUUAUAGGAGGUCGAGCUUCACGUCGAAGAUCAGUUAGUGUGGAGCACUAGGGUGAUGCCUGGCUCACGAAGCCUCUGUCUUCACAAGCUGGAACGGAAUGUUCUCAAAGCAGCAACUCUCGGUACAUAUUUUUGGCAGUGAGGAUCAUUACUAGGUCUUAAAUGGACGACCUGCGUAAACAGUUCUAUAUAUCUACCCUCAGACGCACCCCGCUGUCACAAAUACGAGGCGUUAUCUUUAUUAAGCGACCAACAAAUGGCGAAGAGGAUCGAGUUUGCGGCAUCUGGGAUUCUUUCGAAGGAUACGCAAAGGUGUUAUCAAAAAUUCCGGAAGCUUCCAAAUUCAAGCACAACGGGUCAUCUUCGUUAAAUCGUUCUUUCCCUGCUAAGGAAUGGAAGAGGAGAAGGACAGGAUUACUAGGUGUUUCAUGAAAGGGAAGGAACUCGACUCGUAUAUGAAUCCUUACCACAGAAGCGAAGCUUGUCAAUGUGUUGUCCUUUGUCAAGGAUUCAGUUCAGUUCGAUUACAUUUUUAUUAGCGUUAACGAUACCUCUAUUUCUCUUUUUCACUGGGCUGUUUUGCAGUUGGUUCGAGUUUCGCGGACAACAUUUGUAUCAUUCUCUCUAUUGGUCCUUGACGGUUUUUAUUCGUAUCUCACCGGGCAGCGGGUGGUAAAGUGAAGUGAAUUAGGUGGAACAGGUGUACAUUUGGUGAAUUCUUCCUCUAGGUCCUUAUUCACAUCAUCAUCAUUCUUAUCGCCCAAGUUGAUCAUGAUCAUCGAGCCGCAAUAUCUGUAGUUCCUACCUUAGAUACCAUUAUGUCUAACGGGAAGGAACCUGCACCUACCCCGUGGAGAAAUUAGUUCGGUUGCUUAGGAUUUA